CCUGAAGUCGCCUGCCGCCGCCGCCGCACCUAGCGGACGGGCGGGCGGUCGGGCGCGCGUGUGCCCAGGAGUGCGCGCCUGUCGCGGUGGUGGGUGCAGGACCCGACCCACGGGCCCAUUGUGCGCCCGCCCGCGGCGGCCAGGACCAUGUGGGUGAACCCCGAGGAGGUGUUGCUGGCCAACGCGCUGUGGAUCACCGAGAGGGCCAACCCAUACUUCAUCCUACAGCGGAGGAAGGGCCACGCCGGCGAUGGAGGCGGCGGCGGCGGACUGGCGGGCCUGCUGGUGGGUACCCUUGAUGUUGUGUUGGACUCCAGUGCCCGGGUCGCUCCUUACCGAAUCUUGUACCAGACUCCAGACUCCCUGGUCUACUGGACCAUCGCCUGUGGUGGUUCCAGGAAAGAAAUCACUGAACACUGGGAAUGGCUUGAGCAAAAUCUCUUGCAGACACUCUCCAUCUUUGAAAAUGAGAAUGAUAUCACCACAUUCGUGAGAGGAAAAAUACAGGGCAUCAUUGCAGAAUACAACAAAAUCAAUGAUGUAAAGGAAGAUGAUGACACGGAGAAGUUUAAAGAAGCCAUUGUGAAAUUUCACAGGCUGUUUGGGAUGCCGGAGGAAGAGAAACUUGUCAACUAUUACUCUUGCAGCUACUGGAAGGGGAAGGUCCCCCGUCAGGGCUGGAUGUACCUCAGCAUUAACCACCUUUGCUUUUAUUCUUUUCUUAUGGGAAGGGAAGCAAAACUGGUCAUCCGGUGGGUAGACAUCACUCAACUCGAGAAGAAUGCCACCCUGCUUCUGCCUGAUGUGAUCAAAGUGAGCACACGGUCCAGUGAGCAUUUCUUCUCCGUAUUCCUCAACAUCAACGAGACCUUCAAGUUAAUGGAGCAGCUCGCCAACAUAGCCAUGAGGCAACUCUUAGACAACGAGGGAUUUGAACAAGAUAGAUCCCUGCCCAAACUCAAAAGGAAAUCUCCUAAAAAAGUGUCUGCUCUAAAACGUGAUCUUGAUGCCAGGGCAAAGAGUGAGAGAUACCGUGCACUUUUCCGGCUUCCCAAAGAUGAAAAAUUAGAUGGCCACACAGACUGCACCCUCUGGACUCCAUUUAACAAAAUGCACAUUUUGGGGCAGAUGUUUGUGUCCACAAAUUACAUCUGUUUUACCAGCAAGGAGGAGAACUUAUGUAGCCUCAUUAUCCCUCUCCGUGAGGUGACAAUUGUAGAAAAGGCAGACAGCUCCAGUGUGCUCCCCAGUCCCUUAUCCAUCAGCACCCGAAACAGGAUGACCUUCCUAUUUGCCAACUUGAAAGAUAGAGACUUUCUAGUGCAAAGGAUCUCAGAUUUCCUACAACAGACUACUUCCAAAAUAUAUUCUGACAAGGAGUUUGCAGGAAGCUACAACAGUUCAGAUGAUGAGGUGUACUCUCGACCCAGCAGCCUCGUCUCCUCCAGCCCCCAGAGAAGCACGAGCUCUGAUGCUGAUGGAGAGCGUCAGUUUAACCUAAAUGGCAACAGCGUCCCCACAGCCACACAGACCCUGAUGACCAUGUAUCGGCGGCGGUCUCCCGAGGAGUUCAACCCGAAAUUGGCCAAAGAGUUUCUGAAAGAGCAAGCCUGGAAGAUUCACUUUGCUGAGUAUGGGCAAGGGAUCUGCAUGUACCGCACAGAGAAAACGCGGGAGCUGGUGUUGAAGGGCAUCCCGGAGAGUAUGCGUGGGGAGCUCUGGCUGCUGCUGUCAGGUGCCAUCAAUGAAAAGGCCACACAUCCUGGGUACUAUGAAGACUUAGUGGAGAAGUCCAUGGGGAAGUAUAAUCUCGCCACGGAGGAGAUUGAGAGGGAUUUACACCGCUCCCUUCCAGAACACCCAGCUUUUCAGAAUGAAAUGGGCAUUGCUGCACUAAGGAGAGUCUUAACAGCUUAUGCUUUUCGAAAUCCCAACAUAGGGUAUUGCCAGGCCAUGAAUAUUGUCACUUCAGUGCUGCUGCUUUAUGCCAAAGAGGAGGAAGCUUUCUGGCUGCUCGUGGCUUUGUGUGAGCGCAUGCUCCCAGAUUACUACAACACCAGAGUUGUGGGUAGUUUGGUGGACCAAGGUGUCUUUGAGGAGCUAGCACGAGACUACGUCCCACAGCUGUAUGACUGCAUGCAAGACCUUUUUUUUUUUUCCACCAUCUCCCUGUCUUGGUUCCUCACUUUUUUUUUCAGUGUGAUGCCUUUUGAGAGUGCAGUUGUGUUUUUUUUUUGUUUCUUCUAUGAAGGAAUUAAAGUGAUAUUCCAGUUGGCCCUAGCUGUGCUGGAUGCAAAUGUGGACAAUUUUUUUUUCUGCAAGGAUGAUGGGGAGGCCAUGACCGUUUUUUCCAGGUAUUUAGACAGUGUGACCAAUAAAGACAGCACAUUGCCUCCCAUUCCUCAUUUUUUUUUCUUGCUCAGCGAUGAUGUGGAACCUUACCCUUUUUUUUUUAUCUUCAGACUCAUCAGAACUUCCUACGAGGUUUUUUUAACUAUCCGGGCAGAUUUGAUUGAACAGAUGUUUUUUUUUCAGAGACUGAAAGUGAUCCAGACACUGGAGGUUUUUUUUUAACGCAACGUGGUACGAUUUUUUUUUACAGAAACUUCCUUUACCAUUGAUGAGCUGGAAGAACUUUAUGCUCUUUUCAAGGCAGAACAUCUCACCAGCUGCUACUGGUUUUUUUUUAGCAACGCGCUGGACCGGCAUGACCCCAGCCUGCCCUACCUCGAACAGUAUCGCAUUGACUUCGAGCAGUUUUUUUUUUUGUUUGCUCUUCUCUUUCCUUGGGCAUGUGGAUUUUUUUUUGACGUUCUGGCCUCCCGCUUGUUCCAGUUAUUUUUUUUUUAUGGAGACUCUUUGAUUAACUUCCGGGAGUUUUUUUUUUUGCUAAGUGCUGCAUGCCAUGGGGAUCUCACAGAGAAGCUCAAACUCCUGUACAAAAUGUUUUUUUUUCCUGAGCCAUCCUCUGAUCAAGAUGAGCCAGAUUCUGCUUUUGAAGCAAUUUUUUUUUUCUUUGAAGAUAUCACCCCAGAGUGUACACAUGUUGUUGGAUUUUUUUUUAGAAGCAAACAGGGUGCAGAUGAUGGCUUCGUUUUUUUUUGCCUAAAGCCGGACAAAGGUACGGAUGCAAAUUCCCAAGAAAAUCGUAAUUAUUUGAUUUUUUUUUCUCCAGAAAAUAAAUCUAAGUCAAAGAAUGCUUUUUUUUUACCCAAAUUAAAUCAGGGGCAGUUCAUUGAACUGUGUAAGACAUUUUUUUUUAUGUUCAGCGAAGACCCCAAUGAGCAGGAGCUUUUUUUUUCCACGGCAGCUGUGACCAGCCUCCUGCUGGAUUUUUUUUUGGUCGGCAAGCUGUUCGUGGCCCAGCCUGCAAAGGAGGGCGGGAGCGGAGGCAGUGGGCCGUCCUGCCACCUUUUUUUUUCAGGCGUGCUCUUCCCCAAGAAGGGGCCGGGUUUUUUUUUUGUGGUAGAGUCUGUUGAGCCCCUGCCAGCCUUUUUUUUUCCCGACAGCGAGGAACACUCCCUGGGAGGACUUUUUUUUUACAUCAAACUGGAGGACUCCUCGCCCCGGGACAACGGGGCCUGCUCCUCCAUGCUGAUCUCUGACGAUGACUUUUUUUUUGACAGCUCCAUGUCCUCGUACUCGGUGCUGAUUUUUUUUUCCCACGAGGAGGACAAGCUGCACUGCGAGGACAUCGGAGAGGACACGGUCCUGGUGCGGAGCGGCCAGGGCUUUUUUUUUCUGCCCCGGAGCACCAGCCUGGACCGGGACUUUUUUUUUUCCUUCGAGCAAUUCCUGGCCUCCCUCUUAACUUUUUUUUUCCUGGUCAAGUACUUUGACAAGCCCGUGUGCUUUUUUUUUAGGAUUACCAGUGCAAAAAACAUCCGGAUGAUUUUUUUUUCCCUCACCUCGGCCAGUGACUAUGAAAUCUCUUUUUUUUUCGGCUGA